AUGAGGAAUAAGAGAAAAGGAUGUGAGAUUUUGUGCCCUAGACAGAGAGAUAUGUGGAAUUCGAUUCGUGAUUCGGGAUCUUCGAUGUCGAAUUUGAAAACUCAUUUUUCGUUAGAGGAAUGUUCUAGAAAGUUGAAGAAAAGGUGUAAGGAAGAUGAUGGGUUGUGUUGUGAGGUUACUGUUGGGUCUUGUGGAAGUAGAACUAGGCUUGCUGCAACUGCGCCGCCGAGUGGGAGUUCUUCGAUUAGUUUGUGUGGGAGAGGGGUUAAGAGAAAGAUAGGAUGUAUAGAGGCAGCUACGCAAAUGGGUAGGAAGAAUAAGAUUGAAGAUGAUUAUGUUAUGGGGGAAGCUUUGGGGAAGGGUAAAUUUGGGUCAGUUUUUUUGUGUAGGAGUAAGGCUACUGGUGUUGAAUUUGCUUGUAAGACACUGCCAAAAGGGGAAGAGACAGUUCAUAAGGAAGUAGAGAUAAUGCAACAUUUAUCAGGGCACCCGGGUGUGGUGACAUUGCAUUCAGUGUAUGAGGAUGCGGAAAGUUUUCAUUUGGUAAUGGAGUUGUGUUCUGGUGGGAGGUUGAUUGACGAGAUGACGAAGGAGGGAAGAUAUUCGGAGCAUAAGUCUGCUAAUAUAUUUAAGGAUUUGAUGUUGGUGAUUCAAUAUUGCCAUGAUAUGGGAGUUGUACAUAGGGAUAUUAAGCCUGAGAAUAUCCUUCUAACUGCUUCUGGGAAGAUAAAGCUUGCAGAUUUCGGCUUGGCUAUGAGGAUUGCCAAUGGUCAGAGUUUAAGUGGUUUGGCUGGAAGUCCUGCGUAUGUGGCCCCUGAAGUUCUUACAGGGGAUUAUGGUCAAAAAGCAGAUAUUUGGAGUGCUGGUGUUCUUUUACAUGGACUACUGGUUGGUGUCCUUCCAUUUCAAGGGGACUCUUUGGACGCUCUUUUUGAGGCAAUUAAAAGCAUGCAACUUGAUUUUCACUCUGAAAAAUGGCAAUCUGUAUCUAAACUUGCACGUGAUCUUCUUGAGCGGAUUCUCACAAGGGAUGUUGCUGCAAGGAUAACUGCUGAAGAAGUUUUAAGCCAUCCAUGGAUGAUGUUCUACACAGAGCGCACUUUGAAGACGGUGUCUGUCAGGUUGAAGCCAAAGCAUUUCUCUGGAACACCAAGCCAAAAACCAGCCAUUACCUCUAGAUUAGAAUCAGAUGGAAAGAAGAGAUGCAGUAAAUCUCUCAAUGGAGAAACCAAUGAUUUAAGGUGUGGAAGUUUGAACAGGGAAUCUGAAGAAUCCGACGACUCUGGUUUAGUUGAUGUGCUUGCAGCAGCGAUAUUGCAUUGCAGGAUAUCUGAACCAAAACGAAGCAGACUGUGUGUCAACAAUAGUCCAAUAAGGGAACAAUGUUCGUCUAACGUGAAUUCUAACCUUUGCAAGGCUUUCUGAUCCCAUCUUUAAUCCAUGUACAGGUGUCUUGACAUUAUAGUGCUGAUGCCUCCCUUUUCUUAGAGGAGACUGAUUAAUUAUAAGUUACCAGUGUGCAAUUUCUGAUUGUACAAAGAAGCUUGGAUGCAGAUUAACCUGAAUAACACUGGUCUAUUGCCGUUAACACAUUCAUUUACCUGACAGUGGAUACACUGGUUUCUGUACAAACAUGUAAAUAGUUGAUGACAGUAUAGGAUUGACUCUUGUUAUUACAAUACAAUGAAAAACUUACUGGUUUUAUAUCUCUUAUUA